UGCCACCUUCGCUCCUCUCCAUCACUUCAGUUUCGGGACCCUAUCCAGACGCACGGCUGCUCCGGCAGCUUUUUCUUUUGUAAAAAAAAAAAUCAUCUCAGAACCUGCUGGGGUUUUUUAAGGGUUCUGUUUGUAUCUUGUUGGCCCCUGCGCUCUGAUUUUUCACCUUUCCCGUGCAAAAAGCAGCAGAACAGUUAACCCAAGGCUUACAGUAAGUGGAUGUGUUGGACAUCUGGCACAAGCAAUACCACUUGUAUGUUUUUGGAGGAAAAAUUCCCUUGGAGACUCACGGGAAUCUUUCAUUUUCAAGACAUCUGCAGGGAGCUGUGGAAGACUCUAGUGGGCAGAUACAGAUGACAAAACUCAUGUCACCCAGCGUUGGCCGUCCGACAGACAGCAGAGGGGAUUGGGAGUUAUGAAUUCGCCCCUGACGGCCGCUUCACAGUUGUGAGGGUAGUUCUGUGAAGAGAGCGCGUCUUCCUCAGCAAACACUGACGAUUUAAAGGCUCUCUGAAGACAGAAGUGACAAGUUGGAAGAAGAGGUUGCUCAUCGGUGAUCAGGAUCUGCAGCAACGAGCUCCGUCGCAGCAAAUGAACAAGGAGACUCUUGAUCGACGUUUCGCUCAGAAAGCAAAUCAGGGUUCGGCCUCGGUGGGAGCAGAGCUCCACUGAGAGGAAGCAGAGAGUCCCGAGCGCACAGUCCCAUUGGUCGGCCAAGAUGGCAGCGCUGAUAGCAAAGCGGCAGGGCUUCGGUCUGCUGAGGGUCCUCCUGGUGCUGCUGGGAGUUUCAGUGCUCUGCAGUGUUGCGGUAGGAACCAGGAAAGGGCAUUCUACGCUGGACCACAGGAGCCACAGACACAGACAUCCAGGUCACUUAUCGCUGCACAGACACAGACAGAGGACAGGGAAGGAAGGCCAGGUACUACACCGCUCCAAACGAGGAUGGGUUUGGAAUCAGUUCUUUGUCAUUGAGGAAUACACCGGACCUGACCCGGUUCUGGUGGGGAGGCUUCACUCAGAUGUGGACAAAGGCGACGGUACCAUCAAAUACAUCCUGUCCGGUGAAGGCGCAGGAACGAUAUUUGUCAUUGACGACAAGACGGGCAACAUCCAUGCCACAAAAACGCUGGACCGCGAGGAGCAGGCCCAGUACACCCUGACAGCACAGGCUGUGGCCCGGGACACCAACGAGCCACUGGAACCUCCAUCGGAGUUCAUAGUGAAAGUUCAGGAUAUCAACGAUAAUCCACCAGAGUUCCUGCAUGGACCGUACUACGCCAGGGUGCCUGAGAUGUCCAAUGUUGGUACGUCGGUGAUGCAGGUGACGGCCACAGACGCUGAUGACCCCACCUACGGCAACAGCGCCAGGCUGGUGUACAGCAUUCUCGAAGGACAGCCGUACUUUUCUGUGGAGCCUCAAACAGGUAUAAUCCGCACUGCCUUGCCAAACAUGGACCGUGAGGCGCGGCAGGAAUACAACGUCGUCAUCCAGGCCAAAGAUAUGGGCGGCCACAUGGGGGGGCUGUCAGGGACCACCGAGGUCAAAAUCACCCUGACUGAUGUUAACGACAACCCUCCAAAGUUCCCACAGAGUGUGUAUACCAUGUCUGUGUCAGAGGACAAGGUGGCAGGAGAGGAGGUGGGCCGUCUUAAGGCCAAAGACUCUGACAUGGGAGACAACGGACUUGUGAACUAUCGCCUGAUAGACGGAGAUGGGAUGAGCAUGUUUGAGCUGUCCACCAACUCAGAGACCAGAGAGGCUGUUAUCAAACUGAAGAAGCAAGUGGACUUUGAGACCAAGAGGUCCUACACUUUGAAGGUGGAGGGGUCCAACCCACACAUAGACCCUCGAUUUCUCGCUUGGGGACCUUACAAGGAUGAAGCCACAAUCAAGAUAUCGGUGGAGGACGCAGAUGAGCCUCCCGUUUUCAUAGCCUCUAGUUACACUUUCGAGGUGGAGGAGAACGCGCCUCGAGGCACCCCGGUGGGACGGGUUCAUGCCAAGGACACGGAUGUUGCCAACAAUCCUGUCAGAUACAUGAUUCCCCGGUACACAGAUGUGGAUCAGUUCUUCAGCAUCUCAGAAGACGGAAUGAUCACCACGAACAGACCGCUGGACCGAGAAACACAACCCUGGCACAAUAUUUCAGUUUCAGCUACAGAGAUUGGCGGUCACCACCAAGACACCAAAGUGAGAGUUAACAUCAAAGUGAAAGACGUCAACGACAACUCCCCAGAGUUUGCCACAAACAACGAAGUCCACAUGUGUGAGAGCGUGGCGCCGGGGAAGGUUAUCGAAACAGUCAGCGCUGUGGACAAAGACGAGAUGGCUCACCGGCAACACUUCACUUUCAGCCUUGCUCCUGAAGUCGCCCACAACCAGAACUUCUCACUCAAAGACAACAGGGACAGCACAGCCAGCAUCUAUGUGCUCCGCAAAGGCUUCAGCCGUCUGACCCAGGAUGUCUACUACCUUCCCAUUGAAAUAAACGACAACGGCUUCCCCUCCAUGAGCAGCACCAACACCCUGACCAUCAGAGUCUGCUCCUGCGACAGCAAAGACUCCAUCCUCUCCUGUAAUGUGGAGCCCUAUGUCCUGCCUGCUGGGCUCAGCACCGGCGCUCUGAUUGCAAUUCUAGCCUGCAUUGUCAUUUUGCUCGCCAUUGUGGUUCUGUUUGUCGCACUGAGGCGUCAGAAGAAGGAGCCGCUGAUAGUGUUUGAGGAGGAGGACAUCAGAGAGAAUAUCAUUACAUAUGAUGACGAAGGAGGCGGCGAGGAAGACACGGAGGCCUUCGACAUCGCGACACUGCAGAACCCAGACGGUGCCAACGGUUUCCUGCCAAGGAAAGACAUCAAACCGGAACUCCAGUACCCCAUCAGGCCUGGCGUGGGUCGCCCGGCACCCAACAGCGUCGACGUGGACGACUUCAUCAAGACUCGGAUUGCGGAGGCCGAUGGUGACCCCACAGCGCCACCCUACGACUCCAUCCAGAUCUACGGCUAUGAGGGCAGGGGAUCGCUGGCCGGUUCGCUGAGCUCGCUCGAGUCGGUCACAACAGAGUCCGACUUGGAUUAUGACUAUCUGCAGAGCUGGGGGCCAAGGUUCAGGAAGCUAGCCGAUCUGUACGGGACGAAAGACUGCUCGGUUCUCGACGAGGACGACGGCGAGGACUCUUAACAGCGGUCUUUCCAGCGGAGGACAACCACCUGAUUUCGAAUUCAUCGAUUCCAUGAGGAUGCGCUGACUGAAGGUUCAUUCACGUUCCAGUUAUAACCAACUAGUUCAUGCCAAUCUGAACAUUAACAGCUCCUCCCUUCCGCACGGCAGUUCCCCAGGAUGGUUGGGAAGAGGGACGCUGACUUGAACCGCUGCCCUUUCCUUUUUCUUAAAUCUCUUCUGUCUCUUCUAUGGUUCAUUUUUUCCACUGUUUCUAUAGACUUGAGCUUUGCAGGGCUGAGAGUUCUGUCACCAGUUUGUCUGUUUAAGAGAAAAUUUGAUGGGAACCAUAUUACUGUACCAUCUUGGAUAUAGCAUAUACUUCUGUGGACUAGAUUCAUGUACUUCGUCAAAGGUGGCAGCCAGGGAGAUAUUUUAUUCUCUUAACAGCUCCCUUAGCAGCAGGGCAUAUUGCAUUCUGUUUCUCUCUUAAAGCAGACGAGGAAGAGCAAGAAAAAAAAGUGUGUUUUGGGUUCUGGCAACAGCCUGCAACCAGAUGAAAUCUGAAGAAGUUUAACAUGCUGUUCUGUCGGCCGAAAGCAGCAGGUACCACAGAUCAGAUGAGUUGACCGACUCCGAGUUGUUGAUACUCUGAAGAUGAGCAGAGCAUCUUCACAGUAUGGUGGCCUUAUAAUAAUUCAACAACAACUCCAGGGGUUAGCACACACAAAAACAAGAGACUGAAGAUAGAGACCACUAGCUUUGGUAGCUGCACCAACACGUGGGCUGUAGGAGUAUCUGUGACAGUGCUUCACAAGUGUCACCCAUUUUUUCUACUCCCAAACAGAAAAGGACUGAAACAGUAUCUCCAUUUCCAAACUGUGGAUUAUUAUUUUUUCCUUAGUGAUUGAGUCUUCUCUAAGGAGAGAAGACGUUUUCAUUCCACAGACCCGGUUUGUUCAAACUCCUGCCAUCAGCAAUCGUUUCCCAUUUUGACCUGAGUCGACCAACGAAUGAUCACCGCCAUGUUCCCACUCCACCAAUGAUGACGAUGGGUAAAAAUCUGUGAGCUCUAAAAAUCGCCUUAAACUUAAACAGAAACUCUUGCAACCCAGUGCAUUCUCUCUUUUUUUCCCUUUUUUUAAGUUCUUUUUUUUAACUUGAAGAGUAUAUUCAGAAAACAAACUCUUCUGCUUGUUUAGUGUGUACAGAGCAACGUGCGGACAUAUGACGUAUCACUCUGAGGGUACAACCUGCGCCUCGGCCGCUCUUAAACAAGGAUGUGCUGUUGAUUUGUUAGCCCAGCAAAGUACAUUGUAAACUUUGUCACCCCCUCCACAUUCGUAGGUAUAGUGGCUAUCGAACGUUAACACACCUCCAGUAAAAUGCCGUGUUCUUGUGGUGUUAAAAUAGAUGAGACCUUUGUAUUGAACCCUUAAAAUCCAACUAAAAACAAGAUGUAAAUAUGUGGGAACAGCCUUAAGCUUACACUCAAUUGAGCCAACUUUUGAUUGAUUUUCACCAUUUUGAAUUCUUUGCUAUAAUCAUAUCAGAAAACCACAUCUUGUUUUCACAACAUUUUUUUUUUUACUUUGUAAAACUUUUCCAAAUUGCACAAAUUCUAGUAUUUUUUCUUGCCCACAGACCCCAAAUAGGUGAAGGCUGUCGAAUUUAAGCUGAACUUAAAUUUUACAUAAAGACUAAUACGCCACUGUAACCAUGGUGUGCUUUGGAUAAUUUCUUUGUUUUAGAAUUUUUUCCUGUCUUCUCCUGACUGACACUUUGCCUGAUUAGAUCCUUUUUUUUCUGUAAGAUCUUCACAAAACUUAGCUAAAAUAUGCUAAUUAGCAAAUGUCAGGAAAAUCCUGUGAUUUAGAAAAGUCUCAUUGUGUGUAUCACAGAAACCUGGCACUUUAACGGGGGUGUGAACACUUUCCAGAGCAGUAGUGUGUUGCCUGCAACAUAUGUUGCAUCAACAUGUGUUGAUUUUAAACAUAAAUUGUGCACAUGUGGGGCAGGAGGGGGUGAUGGAAUCCAUGAAAGGUUGACACCCGAACAUCCUUUUUAAGAGUGUGUGUUUUUGUUCACCUUCUUUUUAAUGUUAUAUUAUUGUUACUGUUGUUUUCUAUUAUUAUUGUUGUUGUUAUCAUCAUCUCCAUUAUUAUUAUUAUUAUUAUUAUUAUUAUUAUUAUUAUUAUUAUUAUUACAGUAAGAGUUAUUUUAUUGGCUGCAGCCACAAAGGAACAAACUGAUGUUUAACUGUAUGCAGACGACACUUGAGUGUUCUUACUGUUUUAGUGAACACACACCAAAUAAAAGAUUUUUUUUUUCUUUUCUUUGGAAAGUUGUAAGAAAUUUUCCUGCCUAAAGUUAAAUAUCAGCUUUGAUUAUUAUUAUUAUUUUUUGCCUGAGCGGACACAACAUUUUCUUCCUUUCUUAUUUUAUUUCUUUGUAUUUUACGUUGUUCAUUCCAUUAUUUUGCAUUUCUUGGUUCUUUCUCCCUGUUCCUGAGGAAAAACUAGCAAUCUGUGUUUGUUGCAGUGAGAGAACGCCUCGUUUUUAAUUCUCUGUCAAGUUUUAUGGUACAGAUUUGUACAAUUUUAAAAGUUAUUAUUUUAGUAUACAUGCAGAAUAUUCCAGUAUUACAAUAAAAACAUGUUAAGAAGAUUUUAAAAAAAAGUUACAACAUCACACUUAUAUUUUCAGAACAUUGUAUUGUUGCUUUACUAUGUGCUUCAAUCUGAGAAGCAGAAAAAAAAUUUGAAAUAAAUGCUCUUUUUAUAAAAUUUUUA